UGAGUUUAGCCACACCUUCAUGUAAAAUGGCGGAUUGCCUGUCUCUUCUCCGCCAGUAUAAUAUCCAGAAGAAAGAGAUAUUAGAAAGAGAUGACUUGAUUAUAUUUGGAAACGUGGCUUGGCCGAAAACAGCAAGAACCAAUUAUGUUGCUUAUAAGUCAGCUGGUCAGGGCGGCAAGGAAUAUUACACUUUAGAAUCACUUUUGUUUCUCUUGAAGAAUGUCGGUUUGUCUCAUCCUAUGUAUGUUCAGAGAGCUGGGAACCAAAAUAUUCCCGUUAUCAAGUUCCCUGAUAGAAGAGGACUAUUAAGCUAUUUAAAUGGAGAACUAGAAACUACUCCUAGCAUUGAUAGAAGUGUUCAUUUGGAAAUGGGAAUACCUGCACCAUAUCCUAAAAGAAGUAAUGAUGAGUCUCAUCCAGAAUCAGUGAAGAGACCAAGACUAGAGAGUGAUGAAGUCAAAGUUGAUAAACAACGUUUAGCAGUCAAACUCGGAGCUAACAAGAAAGGUGGUGCCAUUACUGAUCAGAUCAGACCACUCAGUGAGACAAUGUCUGUCGAAAAGAUUGCUGCCAUUAAAGCAAAGAGACUAGCAAAGAAGAGAGCAACCAUACGGGAUGAUGACAUUGAUGAUGCAACCGCACAGGAGCAUGGUUAUCUUGAUGAUGCUACACAUUCUGUUAUCAAGAGGCAGCGGUGCCAUAAAACUAGAGCCUCUGUUCUACAAAGCACCAAUAAAACUUUUAGCAACAUUUUUAGCUUAUUGCAAACCGUCAAGUCAAGAGAAGAAGGAAAAAUGGACAAUGAGAGCAACAAAGAGACCAUUGAAACAGUAAAGAAACCAGGGAAGAGUAAGUACAAUAGAUAUGAUCAGGAGAGAUUUGGAAAGGAAGCUACUGGUGAUUUCAGUAUUGUAACUACUGGUACAUAUCAUGGAAUGACACUAAAAACAAUGACAGAGGUAGCCUCUAAACCAAUACCUGAAGUCCAUACUAGUCAUCAUGAAAUUGAAACUGUGAAAGAAGUAAGCAGAACACCUUCAGUACAAAGGAAAGACCACCGUCACCAUCGAUCAGUCCCAAUCAUUAUACUGCCAUCAUCACCAACUUCUGUCAUUACUACAUACAAUGCAAGAGAGUUCUUUGAAGAAUUUAAGUACAUACCAUCAGAAGAGAAGCGGAAAUCUGGUUCUAAGAAAACAUCAGAGCUAACUAUCUAUCGUAAGAAACCUGACCCAGCUCAUCCGGGGCAAACUAUUUCAAAACCUUUUCGUGUCACUGACAAUCCUCUUAGACUAAGCUCUCUUGAUUGGAAGCAAGUGGUCGCUGUAUUUGUAGCUGGUCCCAUGUGGCAGUUCAAGGGUUGGCCUGAUGUUCAAGCAGGAGGAUCACCAGUUGAUAUAUUCACUAAAAUGAAGGCAUUCCAUAUUAAGUUUGAUGAUGAGAAAUUAGACAGCAAUAUCCAAUUGUGGGAUGUUGAAGUACUUAAAAUCAAUAAAAGGAAACGUUAUUUAGACAAAGCAUCCAUGCUUCGUUUUUGGGAUGUAAUGGACAAAUUUGUCAAGUAAGAUGUUUGAAAACAUAGUUAUACCACUGGCAUGAAAUUACUUUCUUUUAUAAUUUUUCAUUGAUUCUCUCUUCUACUAAUGAAAUUCUCACAGCACAUU